AUGGCUGAGCCAAAGUGGCCCGGCGCCGUCGUGCGCAAGACUUUCCUCGAAUUCUUUGAGAAGAGGGGCCACACUAUCGUGCCCUCCUCCUCCGUUGUCCCUCACAAUGACCCCACCUUGCUCUUCACCAAUGCGGGCAUGAACCAAUUCAAGCCCAUUUUCCUCGGAACGAUCUCCAAGGCGGACCCCAUGUACCCUCUGAAGCGUGCGACCGACACCCAGAAGUGCAUUCGUGCCGGUGGCAAGCACAACGAUCUCGACGAUGUCGGCAAGGACAGCUACCACCACACCUUCUUCGAGAUGUUGGGCAACUGGUCUUUUGGAGACUAUUUCAAGAAAGAGGCCAUUGAGAUGUCUUGGGAACUUUUGACCAAGGUUUACGGCCUGGACCCUUCCCGGCUGUAUGUCACCUACUUCGAGGGCAACCCUGACAUGGGUCUCGAGCCCGACCUGGAGGCCAAGGGCUUGUGGCAAUCUGUUGGUGUCCCCGACGACCACAUCCUGCCUGGCAACAUGAAGGACAACUUUUGGGAGAUGGGUGACCAAGGCCCUUGCGGACCUUGCAGUGAAGUGCACUACGACAAGAUUGGCGGCCGCAACGCCUCCGACUUGGUCAACCAGGAUGACCCCAUGGUCGUUGAGAUCUGGAACAACGUUUUCAUCCAGUACGACCGCCAGCCCGAUAGAUCCCUGAAGUCCCUGCCCGCCAAGCACGUCGAUACCGGUAUGGGCUUUGAGCGUCUUGUGUCUGCUCUCCAGAACACCGUCUCCAACUACGCUACCGAUAUCUUCACCCCUCUGUUCAAGAGAAUAGAGGAGGUCACCGGCGCCAGGCCGUACACUGAUAAGUACGGCGCUGAUGAUGUUGACGGCAUUGACACCGCUUACCGUGUCAUUGCUGACCACAUCCGUCUUUUGACCUUCUCCAUGUCCGACGGUGCUGUUCCGAACAACGACGGUCGCGGAUACGUUGUGCGCCGAGUCCUGCGUCGCGGUGUUCGUUAUGCUCGCAAAUACUUUAACGCCGAGAUCGGCUCCUUCUUCUCCAAGAUUCUUCCUGCUCUUGUGGACCAGAUGGGCGAGCAAUUCCCCGAAAUCGUCAAGAAGCAACAGGAUAUCAGGGAGAUCCUGGACGAGGAAGAAGAGGCCUUUGCCCGUACCCUUGACCGUGGUGAGGCCCAGUUUGAGAAGUACGCCAACGCUGCCAUCAAGAAGGGCGAGAAGAAGCUCUCUGGCGCUGAGGUGUGGAGACUUUACGACACCUUUGGAUUCCCUGUGGAUCUGACCAAGCUGAUGGCUGAGGAGCGUAAGCUUGAGAUUGACGACGAGGAGGUCAAGGCUGCCCAAGACAAGGCCCGUGAGGCCAGCAAAGUCGUCAAGAACUCUGUCCAGACUUUUGCAAAGCUCAACGUCCACCAAAUUGCCGAGCUCGAGCAACAGCUAAACGUUGCGAGAACCGACGAUGAGGCCAAGUUCAUCAAGGGUGACUCCAAGGCCAAGGUGCAGUUGAUCUACGACGGCAAAGGCUUUGUCAAGUCGACCAAGGAUAUUGCUGAGAACACUCCUCUUGGUCUGUUGCUGGACAAGACCAACUUCUAUGCCGAGUCUGGCGGUCAAGUCGCUGAUACUGGACGCAUUGUCAUUGACGAUGUUGCCGAGUUCAAGGUCCUGGACGUGCAGAACUACGGAGGUUACAUUGUUCACAACGGUUAUCUCGAGUACGGCACGUUGUCUUCUGGCAACGAGGUCAUCUGCGAGUACGAUGAGCUGAGGAGAUCCCCCAUUCGCAACAACCACACUGGUACUCACAUUCUCAACCACUCUCUUCGGGAAGUCCUCGGUGACGACAUUAACCAGAAGGGCUCUCUGGUCGACAACGAGAAGUUGCGUUUCGACUUUUCCCACAAGACGGGUGUAACCAUUCCUGAGCUGAAGAAGAUUGAGGACUUCUCCAACUCUUACAUCCGCCAGAACGGCAAGAUCUAUGCCAAGGAAGUGGAUCUUGACCUGGCCAAGGGAAUUGAGGGCGUUCGCGCAGUGUUUGGCGAGACAUACCCCAACCCCGUCCGUGUUGUGUCCGUCGGUGUUGAUGUCGACACCCUGCUUGCCAACCCCAAGAACCCUGAAUGGCGCAAGGUCAGCGUCGAGUUCUGCGGCGGUACGCACGUCGAGCAGACCGGUCUGAUCAAGGACCUCAUCAUCGUUGAGGAGAGCGGUAUUGCCAAGGGUAUCCGCCGCAUCAUCGCCUACACUGGUGACGCUGCGCAUCAAGUGCAGCGUGAGGCCGAUGAGUUCUCCAAGCGUCUUGAUGCCCUCGAGGGGCUGCCUUUUGGCCCUGAAAAGGAGCAGGAGAUCAAGACGACCCAGCACGCUCUCAACCAGCUGACCAUCUCCACCCUCACCAAGGAGGACAUCAAGAAGCGCUUCGACAAGAUUGUCAAGUCUGUUACGGAUGAGCAGAAGAAGCGCCAGAAGGCCGAGGCUAAGACUGCGCUCGAUACCGUGGUCGCCCACUUCGACAAGAACAAGGACUCCAAGUGGUUCGUCGGCCAGCUCCCUAUUUCUGCCAACGCCAAGGCUAUUGGUGAGGUUGUCAAGCACUUCCAGUCCAAGGACAAGGAGCGCUCUGUCUACCUCUUUGGUGGAAGCAAGAACGAGGGCUCCGUUGCCCACGGUGUCUAUGUUGGAACUCACCUGUCUUCCCAGGGUGUGACCGCCGAGCAAUGGGCCGCUCAGGUCAGUGGAAUUGUUGGAGGCAAGUCCGGAGGCAAGGAACCUACUCGUCAAGGACAGGGCACCAAUGCCGAGAACUUGGAGGAGGCUGUCGCCACGGCGGAGAAGUGGCUCAAGGAGAAGCUCAACAUUUGA